AUUAUCAUUGCUAUCUUUGUUUAAAGGUACAAGAAAGAAAAGGACGGAGAUAUUCUUGAAGCACUAAAACCUAACGGUUUUAUAAAUAAUUUGGUGAUAAUUUUGGUUGUUUAUAUUAUAUUUUUGACCCAAAACAAAUUAUAAUUUUUCCCUGAGAAAAUGGAAAUUCAUAAUGAACAACCGGAAAAACCACGCAAAGAAAAACCCCCUCACGUAGUGGUAAAAAAUACAGCCGACUAUCAACGAAUGAAACUGGAAAAAUUAAUGAAAAACCCUGACAAACCAGUAUUAAUUCCAGAACGACCUAAAGAAAGGGGCUCGCCUCACGUACCAGAUUUCGUCCGAAACGUUAUGGGUUCAAGUGCAGGAGCUGGUUCAGGGGAAUUUCACGUUUACAGACAUUUGAGACGAAAAGAGUAUGCCAGGCAGAGGUAUAUGCAAGAAAAAGGUAAAAGAGAGAAGGAAGAUGAGGACUACAAAGAAAAACUAGAACAAAACAAACAGCUAGCUGAAGAAAAAACUGCUAAAAAAAGAGCAAAAAGACUCAAGAGGAAAAAUAAGCAAAAAGCUGCAGGGAAAAAACCUAAAUUAACCAAAAAGGAAACUUCAUCUGAGGAGAGUGACGAAGAUAGCUCAAAUGAGGAAGAACACAGUGAAAAAGAGAAGGCAGUAGAAGAACAAAAUACAGAAAAAACUGAUGAUAAGUUAAAAGAGCAAGAUAAUCCAGAAAUUGUUUCAAAUGAAGCUAAUAAUAUAAAUACAGAUACAAAUGAAGAAACAAAACUAAAUACAGAUUAACAUUAUAAUAAUGAUUGUAAUUAAUAAAAAUAUUAUUAACAUGUAGUUAUUUUGAAAUUCAAAAGUGCCGCCAAAAUCUUACUAGCAGUGUUGCCAGAUAUACCAUUUAAAUGGUAUUUUACAUUUAUACCAUUUUUUCUUCCAUGAUAUCUGCAAAAAUUUUAAGGCAGUGGAUAGAGGUCCGAAAACUCGGAUCUCUACUGUUCAUACUAAAGAUCCGAUAAUUUUCGGAAGUCCAAGUAUCUACAAAGAUUCGAGAUAAGUCUGUUUCUGCAGAAAUCACAAACCAGUCAGAGUGAAUUUCAUUGGUUGAAACUAAUUUUCUGACUGUUUUUGACUAUUUUUAACCA